CAAAGGGAACAGUAAGGGCAAGGAACCUCAACAGUCAAGAUGGAACUUGAUAAAUGCAUGGAAGAAUUGUAUAACUAAGAGAGAAAAUGAGCCUCUGGUUACAUGGUAUGCAAUAAGAACUUCUGCUGGGGUGCUACCUGAGUUCAAGGACACCACUUCUGUACCAGCCAAAGUUCAACAAUGGCCAUCACUGACAUCCUUUCUGCUAAAGAUAUUGAAUCUGCUCUCUCCAGCUGCCAGGCUGAUGGUAGCUUCAACUGCAAGUCUUUCUUCUCCAUGAUUGGUUUAUCCAGCAAAACUCCUGAUCAGAUAAAGAAAAUUUUUAGAAUCCUUGAUCAGGACAGCAAUGGUUUCAUCGAAGAAGAAGAGCUUCAACUGUUUCUGAAGAAUUUCUCUUCAAGUGCCAGAGCCCUCACCCCUGCAGAGAUCAAGGACUUUAUGGCUGCAGGUGACUCUGAUGGUGAUGGCAAAAUUGGGGUAGAAGAAUUCCAAUCUAUGGUGAAGGCAUAAGCAGCAUCAGGCCAAAAGCAUCCUUGGACUGACUCUUCCAAUUACCUCGUCCAACAAGCACUCCACACUCAGCAUGUGUUUGUACAUUUUUAUAUUGUUUCAGGCAUUAACAACCCCUCGAGUUCACACACCAGAUUGCUGAGAAAUCUUGCAAUGUACAGAUGUUUGGGUCAUGUGGUAUUGUUACAUUUCCAUUGUAAAGAAAGCACUUUGUGAUUGUCAACCACUCAUAAUGUUGAAAUCAUGGCUAGAAAAGGGGAGAUAAAAAAUAAAACAAAACAAAAAACUUGGGGGAGGGGAAAGCUGCUUUUAAGAUUGUGUUUAGGUUUCCAUCCUCAUACUUGAGUAUGCUGACUCAUCAGACACAGUUCUGAUGAUCUUAAACAAUAUGACAUCUUUUAAGGCUUGACUGUAGUGAUUUCAUUGAGUUUUAUUUCUGUUUAAUUCUCUGAUCCUUAAGGAAAAGUAAUGCUAACAACAUAGUUAAAGCUAAUACAUAUUAAGACCCAACCCUGAGAAUGUGAGAAAAAAAUUAAGAGGAGCUGCCAAAUAGCUCAAAGCAUGGAAUAUGUUUGUGGGUAAUUUUACAGAAGUAAGUACUAGGCUACAGCAUGCAUCAUCAGAAAGCGUUUAUGGCCUAAAACAUAACUCUCCCUUAAGAAGAUUUAUCUUUUGCAGAAAUCUAAGGCAGCUGUUAGAUAGAGGAUAAGGGUCUAAUCCUAACUGUCUUAAGUCACAGUCCCCUGACAUGGGCCACAGGCCUGGAGGUUUUUUCUGUGAAUCAUGAAUAUGUCGCUUAUUAUCUCCUAAUAUGUACAAAACAACAGUACUUUCCCACAUUUCUGAAUUUCUGUUUCCUGCAGAUGAAACAACAGCCAGUCUUGCUGUUUGGAUUACUUUAAAGCUCUGUUACAUUGCUAAAUACUGGCCAUUACUCAAUUCUUUCAUUUAUUAUAUGAAUAAUCACCUACACAAUCCAUAACAUUAGCAAUUUUCUUCAGUGUGAAAAUUACUAAGAAUUAGUCUUUCCUUUGACAAGUAUCUUACAGGAUUUAGAGCCAGUUAUAGCAUUGUCUUCAUUAAUGGACAAAGUAAAUAAUGUUCAUGGCUAAACGCAGAGCUCAACAGAUUGAAUAGAUGUUGUGUGUUUCUGGCUGACUGGGUUGGAAAUUUCCCCACCAACAUUUACUUGUCUCUUUCCCCAUCUACCAUGAUAUGGUUCCAGCUCACAAGUAGACUGUCAUUUUAAUGCUCCCUGCUGAAACUGGAUGAUAAUUGUAACAUAAUUUGGCAGCUGUUUUGAAGAAGAGCAGAAACAAAGCCUUCUGGAACUUUUAUGUAACAUUCAGUGUUGGCAUUUCCAUGAAUUGCAAGAUGAUUAUGUGAGGCAAGUACAGCUCACUCAGACCCAGGCAUGGAAGAGAUAGCUGUUCAGCAGAUUUAAGACAGCUAAUGCAAAAGAGGAAUUCUAGCAAUCAGACUCACUGAAGCCUUGGCUGAAUUAUAAUGAAUAUAAAUCCUAAUUCUGUCCUCACUACCUUUGAUGUUAAAUCUAGGCUUAAAUUAUAGCUGCUGUUAAUUGCAGCACUGAAGUAUUUUGCAUAAUGAUGAGACUGUUGAUUCUUUUUACCUUAUUCAUUUUCCUAUUGGGUGAAGAAAAAACCCAGAGCAAUCCAGAUCUGCAGCAGCAGACAGAUGUAAUGUAUACAUUAGCUCUUCACACUGCUAAUCACUAAAAUACCAUGUCACUAGUUCGCAAGCAGAUGGCACACACAGCACCAUAAGUGACAAACCUGAUGCUGCAUUCCUUGCACAUCUGAAAGUCUUACGUGGAAUGCAAGAAAUGCAAGACUACAUAGUGGCCUAUCCUCUAUUUCAGAGAUGCUAAACAACUGCAUAUCAAUGUCUUCUGUUGCCACGAGGGGAAAUUGAGUACCUCUGAGAAUUUGGCAAUUCUUGUGUAUGUUGCAGCUUUAUGUAAAACUUAAGAGAAUUUUAUUUAUGAGAAAAUCU